AUGAAAACAAAAAUUAUCAAGUCAAUUUUAAACAUUUCAAGUAAAAUAUCAGUUAUUGUAGAUGAGUCAACAGCUGUAGGCUCAAAAUCUAAUCUAAUAGUGUAUUUAAAAUGUGAGUUCAGCAAAGAGCAGAAUCCCCAUUUUUUGUUCUUAGAGUUGAUUGAACUGAGCAGUCAAACAUCUAAGAUUGAUAGAGUGUGGGGUUGGGCGUCUCCGCCCUUACGCUUACCAUUGGCAGGGCACAUUAGAGGUCCGGGUCCAUGUAGAAUGGGCGAAACAACCGGAGGGGAGCGGCCCCCAUCACCUGCCCGUUUAGCCCAUUCCUCAGAAAAGCACCCCAAAAAUACUCUGGCAGAGCUAAAUCUUCUACGUAGACAUAGAGAACUUUGUGAUGUAGUUUUGAAUGUAGGAGCAAGAAAGAUUUUCGCCCACAGAGUAAUAUUGAGUGCUUGUAGUCCCUAUUUCAGGGCUAUGUUUACUGGAGAAUUGGCGGAAUCUCGGCAAACUGAGGUCACAAUUAGGGAUAUAGAUGAACAUGCAAUGGAUUUACUUAUUGAUUUUUGUUAUACAUCCCAUAUUGUGGUUGAAGAAUCAAAUGUCCAGAUGUUAUUACCAGCAGCAUGUCUUCUUCAGCUGACUGAAAUCCAAGAUAUUUGUUGUGAGUUCUUAAAACGGCAGUUAGACCCAUCCAACUGUUUGGGAAUAAGAGCAUUUGCAGACACUCACUCAUGCAGGGAGCUACUGAGAAUAGCAGACAAAUUUACACAGCACAACUUCCAAGAGGUCAUGGAAUCAGAAGAAUUUCUUUUACUUCCAGUUGGGCAGUUGGUUGAUAUUAUUUCCAGUGAUGAAUUAAAUGUCCGUACUGAAGAGCAGGUGUUCAAUUCAGUUAUGAACUGGGUAAAAUAUAACGUUUCGGAAAGAAGACCCCACCUUCCACAGGUACUGCAGCACGUCAGACUCCCUCUGCUGACUCCUAAAUUUUUAGUGGGGACUGUGGGCUCUGAUCUUUUGGUCAGGUCUGAUGAGUCUUGUCGAGAUCUGGUUGAUGAAGCCAAAAACUAUCUUCUACUACCCCAAGAAAGACCACUAAUGCAAGGUCCCAGAACUAGACCAAGAAAGCCAACAAGAAGAGGUGAAGUACUGUUUGCUGUGGGAGGUUGGUGUAGUGGUGACGCGAUUGCUUCAGUAGAAAAGUUUGAUCCUCAAACCAUGGAAUGGAAAAUGGUAGCUCCCAUGAGUAAGAGAAGAUGUGGUGUUGGCGUUGCGGUGCUGAAUGAGCUUCUAUAUGCUGUUGGCGGACACGAUGGCCAAAGUUAUUUGAACAGUAUUGAAAGGUAUGAUCCACAAACAGAUCAAUGGUCCUGUGACGUAGCACCUACCACUUCUUGUAGAACUAGUGUUGGGGUUGCUGUAUUAGACAAUUUGCUGUACGCUGUAGGUGGUCAAGAUGGUGUCCAGUGCUUAAAUCACGUUGAGAGGUACGACCCAAAAGAAAACAAGUGGUCGAAAGUGGCACCGAUGACAACGAGGAGAUUAGGUGUAGCGGUAGCUGUCUUGGGUGGAUAUCUUUAUGCCAUAGGCGGUUCGGACGGUCAAUCACCUCUAAAUACGGUCGAAAGGUACGAUCCGAGACACAAUAAAUGGACUCUGGUCAGCCCUAUGUCCACGAGAAGGAAACAUUUGGGUUGUGCUGUGUUCAAUAACCUGAUCUACGCAGUCGGAGGACGUGACGAUUGCAUGGAGUUGAGUAGCGCUGAGAGGUACAAUCCUCAUACUAACUCAUGGAGUCCUAUUGUUGCGAUGACUUCACGACGAAGUGGAGUGGGUUUAGCAGUUGUCAACGGCCAAUUAUACGCCGUAGGAGGAUUCGACGGUACGGCGUACUUAAAAACCAUAGAAUAUUAUGAUACCGAUCAAAAUCAAUGGAGAUUGUGCGGUUCCAUGAAUUACAGGCGACUAGGCGGUGGAGUAGGAGUCAUGAAGGCGCCCCAAAUAGAGAACCGCAUGUGGUAGUCCAAAAGUUCUGUCCGAAUUGGAGUUACGGCAGCUUUCUUGAGCACUAGAAGCUUACCUCAACCGCUGAGAUUAACAACGGGUAAUUUUAACGUAAUAUUGUGAUUUAAAAU